AUGGCGUCAAUAAAGAUAGACGAUUUAACGAGUGUGAAACCAUUCGAUCCACAUGGUGAACCUUCAAGCGUGGGAAGGCGAUGGCAGCGUUGGUUGAAAAGCUUCUCAGUUUAUGCCGAUAGCAAAGGCUUGCUCAUCCAAGUGGAUAAAGCGGAUAAUAAAAUUCAGAGGAGAGCUUUACUCCUUCAUUCGGCCGGCGAAGCUGUUCAGGAAAUUUUCGAAACGUUACCUGACACAGGCGAGGCGAAAGAUUACGAAAAAGCGGUGAAGGCUUUGAACGACUAUUUCAUUCCAAAGGUAAAUUCGACAUACCAAAAUCACCUGUUUCGCAGCAUGGAACAAGAGGACGGCGAAACCGUGGCUCAGUUUGUUACACGAUUGAGACACGUGGUCAAAGACUGUGACUACGGCGACCAAGCUGAUAACCAGAUUCGUGAUCAAGUCUUGCAGCGAUGUAAAUCACAUGAACUACGGAAGAAACUACUGGAAAAGGGUGAGCACUUAACCUUAGAGUUGUUACUUUCGACGGCAGCAAAUCACGAGCUAGUUCGGUCACAGCUGGAAAAUACGGAAGGCAAAAAGGACGUGAAUUUUGUCCGUGACAAGCAAGAAGACAAAGGAAAGGAGUCUGCUAAGCGAGCAUGCUACAGAUGUGGAAAAGUAGGAAAUUUGGAGGAGACCCUGAGUGUCCCGCCAAAGGAAAAACUUGCUAUAAGUGCGGAGGAGCUGACCAUUUUAGUCCAAACGAAAACAGCCAAACCUCCCAAACCUAGGCGGGAAGAGAAGACAAAAGGAAGGAAAACAAAGAAGUCAGUCAGGUAUGUGAGAAGUGAGAGAAAUGAAGAUGAAUAUGCAUUUACUGUGAAUUCUGCUACAUCACCCGAGAAAAUAGAUGGGACUGUGGGUGGAGUUGUAGUUGCGAUGUUGAUUGAUUCGGUUGCAAGCACCAAUGUGAUUGACAAAAAUCUGUGGUUAAAGUUAAAGCAAGACAAGAUUAAGUGUGUGUCGAGAAAGAGCGAUAAGAAGCUCUAUGCAUAUGGCAGUAAACAGCCGCUGAACGUUCUAGGAACAUUCUCAGCACAAGCGAGAGUAGAGGGAAAAGAGGCCGAAGCUGAAUUUGUUGUUAUUAAUGGCGAAGGGGCGGCACUGCUUGGAAGAGAAACUGCCAUAAAGCUUGGAGUGUUGAAAUUAGGAACCCAGAUCUGCACUGUGACAUGUAGUGAGACAGUCAUGUCUGAUUACAAGAAGAUCUUUGAGGGUAUGGGAAAGUUGAAAGAUUUCCAAGUUAAGUUGUAUGUGAAUCCAGAUGUACCCCCAGUGGCACAACCAGUCAGGCGCACCCCAUUUAGUCUUCAAGACAAGGUUAAGGAGAAGAUUGAAGAAUUAAUAGCCAUGGACAUAAUUGAACUAGUAGAGGGCCCAACCCAGUGGGUUAGUCCAGUUGUAGUAGUCCCUAAGCAGAAUGACGAAAUAUGCCUUUGUGUAGACAUGCGCAGAGCUAACGAAGCCAUUAUCAGAGAACAUUAUCCCAAACCCACAGUGGACGAAGUGCUCCAAAGCCUCAAACAGAGCACAAUGUUCAGUAAACUGGAUUUAAAAUGGGGCUACCACCA